AUGGAUAAUUACGAGGAGGGAGAAAUGAAUUCGGAAACAGAAGAUUUGCCACCCACACCUUCCGAACUUGUUAUUUUGGCUAUAAACAAUUUGGAAAAUUCAAGUUCAACCACAGAUGACAUAAUUAAUUUCAUUUCUAGAAUAUUAAAUUUAAAUCCGUUGGAAAUAUCAACGAGAGUUCAAAGGGCAUUAAAUAGAUCUAUGGCACACGGAUUGAUAACUAAAAAAGAAACACAUUAUAAAUUACAAACUAUAAAAAACAAAGAAGAUGGCGGAGAUGAUUCGACGAGGGAUUUUUUUUUCGAAUCCACAUCGUCGUCUUUACCCGUUUCGAAUAAUAUUAAUAAUAAUAAUACCGCGGUUCCAAUAUAUCACGUGACGGCUGUUCAAGGGGAUCCCGUUUACAUGCCCUGUAAUAUAUCAACAUCAGAAGAAGGAGAUGCUGUGGUCAUUGUUUUGUGGUACAGAGAAGAUUUAGGAACUCCGAUUUACACAAUAGAUACAAGAGAUCGGUCCAUUCUUCAAGCUGAUAGAUGGUCUGCAGACAAUGGAUUUGCCAAUAGAGCCUAUUUCAUGCCUGAAAAACUUCCUGCCGAAUUAGGUGUAGAUCACGUGAGAGAAUCUGAUUCUGGUAUAUAUAGAUGUCGAGUUGAUUUUCGUAAGGCUCAAACUCGUAAUACAAAAGUAAAUUUAACUGUCAUCGUUCCACCGCAAAAAAUAGUCAUAUUGGAUGAAAAUGAUGCGGUUAAAACAUCAACGGUCGGUCCGUAUUUGGAAGGAAACGAUUUGAAUUUAAAAUGUGACGUACAUGAUGGAAAACCUAAACCUACGGUGAAUUGGUACAGGGGAAAAAUAAAAUUAGGAAAAAUGAUUUCUUAUACAUCCGGUACGAAAAUCCGAUCGGAAAUAAUAAUAAAAAAUUUACAAAGGAAAGAUUUAAAUUCUCAACUCACGUGCGUUGCAACAAACAACAACAAAACGCAACCGUUAACAACAACCGUCCACAUCGACAUGAAUUUUCCACCGUUAAACGUUGAAAUAUUGGGUUCCAUGCAACCUUUGUCUGCUGGAAGACGAUACGAUUUACUUUGUCAAUCAUCCGGUUCGAGACCACCGGCAACUAUAACAUGGUGGAUAAACGGUCAAAGGUUGGAUAAAGCAAAAGAAACGAUAUCGGAGGAUGGAAACACGACGACGAGUACCUUAUCAUUUGUUGCUUCGAAAACUGAUGCUGAUAAGUACUUAUCAUGUCGUUCGGAAAAUUCACUCAUAAUGGGCGAAGAAUUAGAAAGUACCUGGAAAUUAAAAAUACAAUAUCUUCCAGAAUGUCGUAUCGAAUUAGGUAAAUCAUUAAAUAAAAAUACGAUUCGAGAAGGUUCCGAUGUUUAUUUCGAUUGUUUCAUAACAGCCGAACCAUCAGUUUAUAAAGUCGAAUGGAAACAUAACGGUCGACAACUUAAUCAUAACAUUGCAAGAGGUAUAAUAAUAAGCAAUCAAUCUUUGGUACUUCAAAGUGUUAGUCGUUCAAGCGGUGGAAAUUAUUCUUGUUUGGGUUAUAAUUCGGAAGGAGAAAGCGAAAGCGAUCCUUUUGAUUUAAAUAUAUUAUAUGCUCCUACGUGUAAACCAAAUCAAAUAAGAGUUCACGGUAUUGCGAAAUCCGAAAAGGCGAGCAUUUCUUGCGCAGUAGAAGCUAAUCCGUCUGACGUGACAUUUAGAUGGUUGUUUAAUAAUUCUGCGGAAAGUAUCGACGUGGCAUCGUCACACAUAACAAAAUCCGGAACACUUUCAAUUGUUUCAUAUACUCCGAGAACGGAAAUGGAUUAUGGCACGCUUCUUUGUUGGGCUAAAAAUUCAAUCGGCGACCAAAAAGUUCCCUGUGUCUUCCAUAUAAUUGCGGCGGGUCGGCCGGAUUCAGUGAGCAACUGUUCAGUUUUUAACAUUUCAUUGGCAUCGUUUUUAAUUAAAUGCACGGAAGGUUUCAACGGUGGCCUACCGCAAUCCUUUCUUUUAGAAGUAUUAAAAACGACAACUCAAGAAAUAACAAUAAAUACAACAUCUCCAGUUCCAAGAUUUAUAGUUGAAAAUUUAGAAUCUGGAAUACAAUAUCACGUGUUAAUAUCCGCAUUUAACCCGAAAGGAAGAAGCGAACCAAUGGUUCUUCAAGCAUCAACGUUACGUUUACCAGAAAAACAAUUAACGUUGGAAAGAGAAAGUCAAAAAUCCGUUAUACAAAUGACUCCAUUAAUGACUGUUGUAUCGAUUAUCGGUGGUGCUUUUCUUUUGGUUGCCAUUGCCAUCGUUUUGGUACUUCGAAUUCAAUGUUACAGAGCGAGAAGAAGAAAAAAACAUAAAAUUUGUCAUCAAUCAAACGUAUCUCUUAAUUUUAAAUUAGAUCAAAAUGGACCAGGAGACAGCGACGAAAAAAAUCCCGACGUCAUACCUCUUUCAAACACGGACAAUGCAUAUCAACAAUCGAAACUCCUUCUCCUAAUAGAGGCCUCCUUACAGCUUCCUGUUCAGGUACGGAGUCAAAUAAUACACACGGGUACAACAACACAUUGA